AUUUUAGAAGGCCUUCAAAUUUCCCAGGAUUUGGAGAUCCCUCAGUUGCAUCAGCAUGAGCAGAUUCAGUCGCUUGAGGUGCUCUAGCCUGCAAGUGAAGGCUGCAGCAGUUGUUGCAUUUCAUAGGUUGAGCAUCCAGGUAGGAAGCUGCAAAGCUGGGGCAGCCGAGGGGCCGCUUUGAAUGACCUGGCAAACUAUUGGUGGCCAAUGAAAUGCUGCGAAGUGUUCGACCCGCGUGAAAAGGCUCACUGGAUUCUGGCAGUGGAUACUUUUUGUUUCUUCUCUCAGCAUGCCAGAUGAGCAGCAUGCCUGACCGCAACGUGCAGCAUUGCAUAGGCCGCCGCUGCUGAGAGGGCUGGAGGCACCUGAUUAGGGAGAGUACUCACUUUUUCAGGGGUUUCGUUUCAGAAAUUGUUGUUGAGUUGAAGCAGCGGGCACAGAGCAUGCAUGGGUGGUGAAGACCCAUUUAAGUUCCCAGUUGAUCUGGAAGAGGAUGGCACUGGCAGGGGCUCCUCAAAGGGGCACAAUGGACUCUCACUCCCCCAGCUAAGAGCAGCUCCUACAGGGUUGGGAUCUGGGGCGAUGAAGAAAGGAGGCACAAUCGGGAGCCGCAAUGUUGAUGCUCUCAAGGGAAAGCUGGCGAAGGGUAGCUCAAAGCAAGCGGGCUCUAAGCCAAGCUUAUUCCAGAGUGUUUUUGGGGGGAAUCAUGUGCGGCAAGGCACGGAGGGUCGAACGCCACCAAGCAGAAGCUCAGAACGGGUGGCAGCAAAUAACAAGGUUGGGUCGGGGGAAUUUUUUAAUAUUUUCAACGGUACUAAACAUGAUGGACCAAGACAAGUUUCUGUGAAUACGCGCACGGUGGGCACGGCGGUGCAGGGUAAGCGGGCGAGCAAACUUCGUGAACAGUCAGACGAUGAAGUUGCAGAAGUCUUGAGUCCAGGUAGGAGCCGCAGAGAUGCUCGUAAGGUGCAAGGGGCUGCAGCCGUAAGCCGGUUGAACGGAACCAACGGCCGGGCUAGCAGGCGGACUGAUGAGGGGCGCGAUGACGAGGUUGAACCCGACUCAGAAGAGGAGAGUGAGCCUGCUAAGACUGGGGCUCAGUAUUCAAGAAGGGAGAAUCGGCAGAAGGAUAAGAAGAGGGGGGGGAGUGCAGAGAAGGAUAUGUGGGAGGCUAGCGGGGCUGGCUCGCGGAGGGGGGAUUGGAGAAAUGCCAAACGGAGGGCCUCAGAGGGGGAUGAUGGAGAGGAAUUCCAGUUGCCGCCUGCAAAAAGGGACAGACCGUCGCAGCAGACAACAAAGCUUGAUAAGGAUCCAGAGUAUAAGCCGGGGACGUCACGUUGUGCCGUCAAACGUGCUGCUCAGAACACCCGCAAGGCCAAACCCGAAGUACAGGUCAUCAACCUCGACUCGGAGGAAACCCCUCAAAAGGACAAGCCUACUGAAUCAGAGCCUCAAGAAGGGGUGCCUCGCCGCUUAAUCCUGGAGAAACAAGGGGCCGGUCCAUCCUCUACUCUCCUGAAUGAGGACAACAUGUACCAGACCGGAAGCUGCUGGCUGGGCAAGUUUGCUGCACAGAAUUGCACAGUCUACUUCGAUGCGCACCGCCUGCGCAUCACGGUGCCUUCAAAAUAUGUACAAGGCGGGGCGGAGGCUAUGACAUUUCAUUGGGGCCUAGACGAGUUGGCCGACGGCAACAGUUUCCUCGUGGAGUCUGACGACGACGUUGCUAAGGAUCGGCUGCUUGCGUUCCACUUCAAGGGCGAAGUGCAUCCAGCGUUGAGUGCGUACUUGGACCCGAAAAGUAGAGACCUCCAUGCUCGUAUGGUCGCCUUUGAACUGGACGCCGACGAGUGGAAGGCCCGCCGGAAAGUGAGCACGUGGCCUGACGCCCUGAAGGGUCAUUUCGUCACGAUGACGCCGGAGUACAUCAAACAGUGUACCAACGGACGGCCAGCGGAGAGCGCGGCGCUUCUGAACCCGAAGGCCGACCAGCGCCAGCGGGCUGCCGCCCUCGCGAGCGAGCACUACACCCGGCCCAGCCGCCACCAGAAGCCGUCCAUCCAGACGUUCCACUUCCCCCCAAACGACCCUGACGCCGUUACCAUCUCCACCACCGACCUGGCCCGCCUGGAGCCCCACGAGUUCCUCAACGAUACCCUCAUCGACUUCUACAUCAAGUUCCUCCAAGUGGCGAACCUGUCGGACGAGCACGCGGGCCGCAUCCACAUCGUGAACAGCUUCUUCUUCAAGAAGCUGACCGAGACUGCGCAGGAGGCGCGCAAGCGGGGCGCGUCGGGCGAGGAGGCCUUCCGGCGCAUGAACAAGUGGACACGCAAGGUCGACAUCUUCCUCAAGGACUUCGUCAUCGUGCCCGUCAACCAGAGUUUGCACUGGAGCCUGGCCAUCAUCGUAUACCCUGGCGGCGGGGACAGCAUCAACGGCAAGCUGGCCGGCCCGUGGUUAGGUCAGCGGACUCCGUGCAUCCUGCAGCUCGACUCGAUGGCGGGGGGGCAUACCAACGUGGAGGAUCUGCUGCGACAGUACCUGACCGAACUUUGGCUGGCGACCCACCCCGAUGAAGAGCGGCCCAAGGGGAACGAGCCCUUGCAACAGUUUUCGAGGACGGCGAUGCCCUUCAUCCAAGUCAAGGUCCCCCAGCAAGACAAUCACUGCGACUGCGGGCUGUUCCUGCUCCACUAUGUCGAGCAGUUCAUCGCGGACCCUCCCCCGAUCUUCGACAGGCGGUUAGGCAGCGCCAGGAAGGGCCAUUACAAGAUGACGCCGAACUGGUUCACCCCGGGGGAGGCCUCGGUGAAGCGCGCGUACCUGCGCGAGCUCGUCAUCCGCCUGGCGGGCGAACUAGCGCAGGGCAACACGGCGAUCCUUGACCGGGGCAGCCUCAAUGCGCUCUGGACUGACGUCACCCAUGGCGGCAGCGACGCCGGGGUGGGUACGCAGAAGCGGCGCGCCGACCGGGGGAUCCCCCCGGCAGAGGACGAAAUCGCCGAGGCGCGGCGGAAGGACGCGCCGAAACCGAGUGCGAAGAGGCCCCGUAAAGAAGAGGGGAAAGGGGGGCCCGUGCUGACGUCAGCGUACGAUGAGGAGUUAGAGAGGACAAGUGGGGACGAGGACGGUGCGCGUGCUGCCGCAGACGGGCGGGAGAGCGCGCGCGCUGCGCCGUUGACGGAGGAGGACUUGCGGGCUGCGUUGAAGGAAGAUCCUGGGGCGGCUGUCGACCCGGACAAUCCGCUCAGCGUUGACCUGGAUCCGUCCCCGCAGAAGCGGAAACGGAGCCCGGGAGCGGCCAACGAGGGGGGCGAUGCGGGAGCGGCUGAUGCAAGCGGGGCGGCGGGUCCACAGAAGGAGAGGGGUUCGUCAGAAGAGUCGGGACCAUUGGCCUUCUACAGACGACGCCUCGACCAGAUUGCUUUGGAGGAGAAGGCGGAAGCUGUUCGGCCGUCUACGCUGAACCAAGCGGUGAAGCCGGCCGGUGCGGCGCGGCAGAAGGGUGCUGACGUCAGGCGGAGAGACGCUGACGAACGCGUGCCGGACUCGGAAGACGAGGAGGAGGAGGCCCGGCGUGGGGACAAGAGGGAGCGGUCCGAUACGGCAGGAAGCUGCGGUGGUUUCGAUGCGCGGGUUGACCGGAUUGAUGCGGAAGCGCCACGAAAGAGAGCACGGUCAGAGGGGUUGGAAACGGCCUCUGCACAGGGUGGACGUUCGGAAUUUGAGCAGUCGCCUGCCGCCCCCAGCGAGAACGGCGGUGAGGGGAGCGGAAGCGAGGGUGAGGCUGUGGCGAGGCGGGAAGUGUCCGGGAGUGCGCCCGGUAGGGGGAUUGGCGCCGGGCGCGGUUUGGGGGUUGAUUCCGCCAGUCCGAGCAGUUCCGACGGAGUGCAAAGAUCUGAGGGUAUCUCAGAAGAGAAGGGUUGGCAGCGCGGCAUGGAUGAGAAGCGGUCAGAGGUACGUGAGCUGACGGUUGUUCUGGACGGGGGCGGCGAAGCCGAGGAAAGUGGGGGGGAGAAGGAGCCGGGGGAACGGAGCGGAAUGCAACUGGUAAUUCAUCCCGUUCUGGGGGAGUUGCACGAGAUCGACGAGCUGGGGGGUUCGCCGCUGUCGGAUAACGACGGAGAGGACGGUGCGGGGGAGUCGGGAGCACCGCACGAACGGGGCUGGUCGGAAAGAGGGGCAGCGGAAGGUGCGGGGGAAGAAGACGGGGCCGAGGAGGAAGCCGUACGGGGAGAGAGAGGGGAUGACCAGUGGUCUCGGGAAGAGGAGGGGAAUCGAAGCGGGGCGGCGGGAGGGCGGUUUGAAGAUGGAAAUGGAGGAGAGGGCGGUUGGUUUGCUGCUCGGGACAGAGGUGAGAGCCCUGAUGCCGAUGCGGACUCGUCCCGCGAGAGCUCAGAAGAGCCCAGCUCGUUUGCGCAGGGAACGGAAAAGGCCCAUCGGAGGAGCGGCAGCACGGGGGCGCGUAGUGCGCCAGACAAUGCGAGGUUGAAGAAGGAUAUUGCGAUCGGGGUGAUGCGCGCUGUGAGCAGGACGCAAGGGGGCGAGGUGGAGAGCAGCGGCCGCGAGGGGGCGGAGCGCGAGUCCUUGGGAGAACUAGGCGCGGCAGGAACGCCGGGAGCGUUUCGUGCGAGGUGGGCGCCGGUGGGAAGCUGGAGCCCCGGCGAGAAGGGUUCGGGCGGUCGGGAAGAAGAAAACGUGAGGGACAGGCCAGCGGGGUUGGCGGGGUUCUUUGGGGAUGAGUCGAUGGAGGGGAGAGAAGGUCCUAGCAGAAGCGCGCACGAGGGCGGGGGCGCGGAAGCUUGCGUCACAGACGGCGAGGAGAACGAGAAUGAGGUGGACUUUUUGGGAGAGGCCGUCAAGGCGCCCCGGGGGGAUGCGGCCAGCGGGCAAACGGGGGAGGGGGCAGAGAAAGGCGCACUCCGGGGGGCUGAGACGGGCGUUGAAGCGGGUAGUGGGAGCAAGCGAACGCCGGUUGAAACGAUUCUGCAGAAAUUGAGGGCGCCAAAGAAACUGGACGGAGAAUCAAAGUUGGGGGGUACGAAGAGGCGGGUUGAGGCUGUGGAGCGGCAAGGGGAGGCGUUGUCUAGGGGUGAUGGAGAACUGGAGGGCGCUAGCCGAUCGGAAACAAUGAGCGGUCCUACCGAGGAAAUGUUGAAAAGAGCAGAGAACGCUUUGGACAGGCUUAACGCCAGAGUCCGAACCGAGCAGUCUCUGGCGGAAUUGCGACAGGGAAACGAGUUGGAAACGGUUGCGCAGCCGCAACCGGAAAUGAAAAAGAUAGACCGAAUGAGAGCCAGAGCAACCCAGAAUCUUUUGAGUGGCUCUCCACAGAGGCCAAGCAGGGAUCCGGGUUACGGGGAGGGUUCGGCGACGGAACUCCGGGUUAUGCUGGACGAACCGACCGGGUUAGCGCCCGACGAGGCAAAUAACCCGGGACCCGCGGAAGUGCCCGAUAGUCCAGUUUUCGAGCCCGGGGCGCAUGAGCGAGGGCCGGUUUCUCAGAACUUUAGUCAGGAAGACGAUCAGAGAAGCGAAUCAACAAGCGCUGAGGCGGAGAGUUGGGACCGGGAGGGGUUGGCCGACCACAGGAAAGGAGGGCCUUCCGGAGAACAUGGCGGGACGAGUGACCGGUUUUUGCGACCGGGAAAAACGGACCGGGCCUCGCUGACGGAGGACGGUGACGCGCGAUCGACGGAUCGGGAGACAAAGAGAUUCCGGUCGUCGCUCGACAUUGACGCUGACUUCAAACACUACCUCGCCGAAGGACGGAGAGACGAUGAGGCAGAGGGAACAGAUGCAGAAGAGGCGGCGGGACCGACUGAUUGGUCGGAUGAGCUGGUUCAGGGGGUGACGAUACCGGGCGCCUUUCCCCCCGAGCCGGCCAGCAGCGGCUUUCAGUUCCUGCCCCUCGGUGAGAAGGGCCCGACCCCCUCGGGGUUUGAAAGCGGCAAACCUGUCGUGACUAAACUCGGUGAACCUCGCAGGGGUCUGAGGACCCAAGAGCUUGUUCCGGCGCCGGACAGCGGAACGACUGCACCAGCGGAAGAUGACGACUGCACGAUCGUCAGCGCGCCGUCCCGGUCGCCCCUUUUUGGACCUCCCGGGCACCAGGGCACGCGCGCGGGGGCGACCAGGCCAGGGCCCAGCGGCACUGGGCGGUCGCCAAGAAACGGGGAAGUGCAUUCCGGAGGCGGGCGGUCCAGUCAAAACGGGGGGAAAGCUGGCGAUAGCGCAAGGAGCUUCGCAAACGGGUUGGUUGGGGCCAAGGGAAAAGCGAACUUGUUGCAGACCGGGGCUGUGAUCCGCCGGGGGAGUGGCCAGGCAAACGGGAGCGGGUUUGCGGAGGGCGUGGCUAACGGGAAGAGCGACGGACUCAAAUUGACGGGAUUUGAGGAUUUGGAUCCGGACGAGGAUUCGGAGGGGUUUGAACCGGAGCGCCGGCAGAGGCGGGCGGGUGUUGAGGGGGGAACCGAGGGAAUGGGAAGCGAAGAUGAGUGGAAGGCAGGGGGCGAGAACGGCCUACCGCUGAGCGAGGGGGGGAAGGGAGGUGCGGAGGAUUGGGCGGAUAGCGAGCGGCUGGGUGGGGGUGAGAGAAAAGGGCCCCGGCUGAGCUUUGGGUUCUGGCAAGAGCGUGGCGUGCCGGAGAGCGAGGGCGAGCGGAGGAAAUGGAAGUCUCUGGAAAAGUUGAUGCGCGAGACCCCAUCCCAGGAGCAAGGAACGGGCGGCGAGGGUUGGGGGGAUGAACGGGAGGAGAGGACGCCGCCACCACGUGACGUGGCAGUGGAGGAACCAUCACGUCACCGUGCGCCAAGUGACGUGGGGAAUGGUGUUAGAGCUGCGGGGAAAGCGGCCGAAACAAAGCGGGAGGUGUUGACCGUUGACUCAGAUGAGGACGAGGAAACGGGAGUGGACGAAAGUGCCGGGAACCGUCCCAAGCGAUCAAAGCGCACCACACUGGAAAAAGUGAAGUCCCCGGAAAGAAACAGUCAACUUGAGGGGGUUCUGGCCCGGCGAGCAGCAGCCGCUGCAGUAAGAUCGAGGAUCCUCGUGUAGUUGAAUGUUCUUGCCAUCUGCUAUUUGGUACGAACGGUCAAAGUUGAUGAACCUUCACAAUCAAAGAGGAGGCACAACGACAAUCUGAUCAUAGCGUCUGCACGACAACUGCAGUUCUCAACUUUUUUUUCAAUGACUGCCGCUUCAGCACCCAGCAAGAUCUGAGAAUUUUUGGGCAGACUUCAACGGGGGUGUUUGAAAGGCGUGCACGUUGUCAGUUGGGCGUAUAGCUGCUAGCUCUGCGCUUUUCUGCGAGGCCUACUUUUCGACCAUGCCGGCUGCC